AUGACUAUCUCAAUGUUACUUCCAAUUGGAUUUUCUAUCGAGAGAUUUGUCGCAUUGAGUUGUGCAAAACGAUAUGAACAUGUCAGGACAUUAUUGGGUCCUAUUUUAGUGUUCAGUCUUACAUAUCACUGUAUUGUUCCGUUCUUUGUAACAUCGAGUUGCAGUCUGAUUAUCAAUGAAACUUUAUACAAAUACGGUCAUGUCACUUCAUUAUUUCUAUUGACUACUCCAAUGUUACUACCAAUUGGAUUCUCAAUUGAAAGAUUUGUUGCUAUUGGAAUGGCUUAUGAAUAUGAGAAAGUCACUCCUAAUUUCAUUGUCUUCUAUUUCAUAUUUCGUAACGAAACGUUCACAGACUCUUUCAUUUCUUUCUUAGUUCUCCCAAACACGUCUGCCGUAUCGUUCAAUAAUUAUCUGUGGUGUCUUCUUUAUGCGAAAAUGGGAAACUUCUGCUGUAACUGUGUUCUGUUGAUAGUUCACAAACGAUUCAAAACAAGAUUUUUAUUGAAACAGACAUCAUUAUCCGUGAGAUAUGCAAUGGAAGAAAUAUCUCAAUCUUCGAAAUUCACUCUGAUUCUUACAUUCACUCAUCUCAUUUUCUUCGGAGCUUAUACUAUUGGAAGCAUUUUAGUCAGAACUCUAGGGGAGCCAUUCUUUGGAAGUUCCCUCAAUUAUUCAGUAGCAAGAGGAGUGAAUUGUGCAGUUCCAACAUAUAAUCUAUUGAUUGCUUUUAUUGGAUUCACUUCGUUGCAUCAUCUAAACGCUAGAAGACAAUCAAAAGUAUUGACAACUGUCAAAAUACGAUCAAAAGGGCAUGAAGGAGCAAAAAAUUACGACAAUGUAAUCAUGAAACAGUGGAAUUCUAGUCCUAGAAGAUUCUGA